AUGGAGACGGGGCGUGGCCUGCCGCGCGCCGGUUGUCACGGUAACCGCGUCCCGCGGUGGGCGGGCUUUCCCCGCCGUCCUCUCUCCCCAUUGGUCGCCGCCCGGGCCACCGGCGCCGCUCCCGCUCCCCAUUGGUCCCGGUGCGAGGAGGGGGGCGUGGCCUCGCCCCGCCAUGGCGGCCGCGCUGGAGGAGGCCGCGGGCACCGUGUGCUGGUGGGGGCUGUCCCCGGCCAUGGAUCUCCGCCAGCACCUGCCGCCGGAGUCGGACCCCAGGACCCCUCGGCGGAGGCGCCGGUGCUGCUGGUGGGGGCGGCCGAGGGGCGGCACGUGCUGCUGACGGCGGCCCGGGCCCGGCGGGACCCCCCCCGCGCCAUCACCCUGUUCGUGGCCGAGCAGCGCCCCGAGCCCGUGGCGCGGCAGCUCCUCUUCCUCCUGCUGGCGCUGGAAGCCCCGGAGCGCCCCAGACCGGCAGCCCGCGCCGCCGCCAUCCUGGAGCUCUUGGGCUCCGGGAGGCUCCGCGCCGGCACCGCCGCGAUGCUCCGCGGGGCCGCCGGGCGCCUCCGCCGCUGGGUCACCGGGGACCGGCACUGGCAGCGAGAGGGACCCGCCGACCUGGGGCUCAUGAAGUGCCGGGACCGGGACGCGCUCGAGGCGGUUCUGCGGCGCUGGGAGCGAGCGGGGCCGGUCCCGGCGUGCCGGGGGUCGCGGGCGGUACCGGAGCCGGUGCCGGGACCCCCAGGCUGGGACCGGCGGCUGCGGCGGCGACUCGGACCCCGCUACGACGCGAGGGCAGCGGUGGCGGAUUGGGAGCUGCGGAUGGGGCUGCACCCCCGGGGGGCCACCACGGUGUCACCGGCAGAGUUCGGGCUCUGGCGCGAGAGCGGCGACGCCUUCGGCGGGGGGGGGCUGGGGAGGGUCAGAGGUCACUGA